AUGGCCGACCCGCACCCGUCGUCCUCGUCGGCCGCACCCGCGCCCGUGCGCGGCCGCCCGCGCUCGACCUCGAUCUCGAGCGGCUCGCCAUCCCCUCAACCAGGCGCGACCACCCUCCUCCCCUCGCUCGCGCUCCCCGGCCCCCCCUCGGGCUGGUCCUUCGGCGCCGCCUCCUCCUCCUCCUCGCCGCAUGCGGCCCGCCCCUCGUCGCCCACCCACGCCCGCUCGACCUCACUCUCGGUCCCACUCGUCGCCCCCUCGCCCGUCUCGCCCGGCCGCCUCGGGCGCCACCGCCGCACGCAGAGCGUCAGCCCGCCGGGCGCAUUCCCUUUGGUCGCGCCCACCGCGGCGCCCUCGCCCUCGAGCAGCACGUCGGCCCUCCCGAUGCAGCGCCGCGGCUCGACCGAGGCUGGCUCGGGCCCAGGAGCAGCGGGAGCGGGAGCGGGGGCGGGAGCGAGCCCGCAGAGCGCCCUCACGCGCCUCGUCAUCGCCGGCGGGGCGCACAACGCGCCGUCGUCGCACCUCGGGCGCGCCCCCUCGCCCACGUCGGCCUCGGGCCCCGCCUCCUCGAGCCCGACGCGCGCCCCGCGCUCGCGCACGGCGUCGAGCCCUGCGCACGGCCACGUCCACUCGCACGCACACGGCCACGCGCACGGCCACGGGCGCGCCCACUCGCGCUCGGCGUCUGGCUCGGGCUCGGGCGUGGGCGCGGGCAUGAGCGCCGGUGCGGGUGCGAGCGCGAGCUCGUCGCACGUUCACGGGCACCACGACCACGCGGCGUCGCACGCUGCGCUCCUCCACGGCGUGAGGAGCCACGCCCAGUCGCCCGUCGCGCUCGCCGACGGCGGCGGCGCCCACGCGGCGCAUGCGUCGCCGGGAGCGGGAGGAGGGACCCCCAUCCCCGGCGCGAGCGAGGGCACGAGCUCGCCCGUGUUUGGCUCGCCGUCGUCGCCCGGCGCGGGCGCGAGCGGCAUCGGGCUCGGGUUCGCGGCGCGCGCUGCGAGGCGCUCGUCCGCCUCGUCGGCAGGCUCUCCCAGCUCGCCGUCAGGCGCGCGCUCGCCGCCGUUCGGGCCCUCGACGAGCCCGACCCACGCGUACGGGCACGCGCGCGGGCCGUCGCCGCUCGCGCUCCGGCUCGACGCCGACCAGUGCGCCGGCUUCAUCGACGACGCGAUGCGCAUGGCCGACGUUGGCGACGACGCGCCCGGGCAUGGGCUCGAGCCCAGGUGCGCCUCGCCGCCGCUCGCGCCCGUCGACAUUCCGCACCCUGCGGCGGCGGCGGCGGCGAGGCGGCGAGCGAGCCACGGCGCCGCGAGCUCGAGCCCGAGUGGGAGCCCGGGCGCAGGUCUCGGCCUCGCGAGCCCGCCGCUGCGGCCGUUCGACCUCGCCGCACCCGCACUUGCGGCGUCGGGCUCGCUCUCACCCUCGUCGCCCGCCGCACCGAGCCCCGCCGGCGGUAGCGGUGGUGGCGGGGCCAGGCCCCGCAGCGGCUCGCUGUCGCGCUCCGCCACCGCCGCUGCCGCUGCUGCUGCAGGGGGCAUGUGCUCCCCGGGCCUGGGCGGCACGGCGUCGCCCGCGAGCCUGUACCUGUGCGAGCGGCCGUCGAGCGCCGGCUCGGCAGGAGGGGCAGGCGCAGGCGACGACGACGCGCUCAUGCGCCUCAGCCCGCCGCCGGCGCUCGUGCUCGAUGGCAUGGGCGCCGCGGGCGCCAUGAUGGGCCCGGCGGACGCGGCGUACCCGCAUGGCGGGGCGAUGCUGCCGCCGCCGCCGCCAGGGCCACCCGGUCCCCCUCCUCCCGGCGAGUCGCCCUCGUCGUCGGCGUCGACGCUCCCCUCGGCACGUCCGGCGAGCCCAGCAUCGCCGCGCACCCGCGCCGCAGAAGCGCUCCCGCUCCCUCACCCUCACCCUCACGACGCCGCGCCGGCCGCCCCGACCCAGGCGCCGAGCUCUCCCUCGCGCACGGCCAAGCUCGCCCUCGCGCUCGACGACCGCCCGCACUCGCCGCGGCACGCGCCCGUCGGCCUCCCGCCCCUCCCGCCCCCGCACCCGUUGCCCCUCCCCGGCGCACCCUCGCCGCCGCUGCCGCUCAGCGCGCACGAGCUCGCUGCGGGCUGCUGUGCGCGCAAGGAGUCGCAGCAGGAGUCGCAGCAGGAGUCGCAGCAGGAGCAGGAGCCGGAGCAGGAGCCCUGAGCCCGAGAGCGCGGCGGCGGCGGCGGCGGCGGUGGGCGCUGCGCCGUCGUCGUCGUCGUCGUCGUCGUCGGGCGCAGGUGGCGCCGCCGAGGACGAGCAGCCGGCUGUGGCCCUGCCCAUGGGCAAAGGCAAGGGCAAGGGCAAGGGCAAGGCGCGCCUCGGUGCGGGAGACGGGUACGGCGACCACCGCCCGAGGGUGCACAGCCCGCUUGCGCUCGCGAGCGCCGUGUGCGUCGCGGGAGCGGCGGCGGGCGGUGAGACGGACGGCGAGAGCGAGGCAGAGCGGGAGGGGGAACGGGCCGAGGAGCACCAGCCGCGCAUGGACGAGGACGAGCGCGCGCCGCACGCGCGAGGCGAGGCACCGGUGCACAGCCCGGGCUUGGGCCUCGGCGGGCUGCCGGACGGCAUGCUCGCCGGCCUCGAGGCGUCGUCGUCGUCGUCGUCGACGAGCUCGUCCGCCGGCGCUCCACCCGCGCUCGACCUCU